AUCUACGAUUCAGCUGAUAUCCUUACGGUCUAUAUAAAGUGCUAUUUGGUGUUGCAGAUUGUCAGUGUUGAAAUAAGUGCUACGAACGAAACAAACGAAGAAGCUACUAGUGGGCAGCAGCUCGAAUUCUACAAGAUCUUCAGGAAUACACUAUGAAAGUAUUCAUCGCGACCCUUCCACUGUUGUUCGCAUUGGGAACGUUCGCGAAUCCAACGUUCCGCUAUGAAGAUGGAGUGGUGAAUCCCCAGUGUCCCUCGGUGGAUGAUCCGAGGAAUCCGAUACAUCUGCCGCACCCGACCGAUUGUGGCAGGUUCUUGAAGUGCUUCAAUGGUCGUGCCUUCACGAUCCCUUGCCCACCAGGCGAACAGUUUGGGGUGAGGAUCCAGCGUUGCGAUUAUCCGCAGAUUGCCCAGUGUCGUACGGUGCUGGCACAACCUCAACCGGCCCAGUUCCGCUUCGAAGAGGGAAUUCCAAACGCAGCAUGCCCUCGUACCGACGAUCCAAUGCGGCCAAUUCACCUGCGGCAUCCGACCAGCUGUCGCAAGUUCAUGAAAUGCUUCAGCGGUAAAACGUUCGAGCUGGAUUGUCCACCCGGACAAGAAUGGGCAGCGGCACUGAACCGAUGCGACUAUCCGUCGGUCGCAAUGUGUAGCCUUGCCCAGCGUUCCCGCGUCGAAGAAGAACCAGCCCAGCAAGGCACCGCCAACGAAGCUGUUGAAGAAGUCAAGGAAGAGCAGCCUGUGGAAGUCGUCGAGGAAGUCAAGGAAGAGCAGCCUGUGGAAGUCAUCGAGGAAACUGAAGCUGAACCCGAAGGAGUUCAAGAAAAAAGAGCCAAAAUUCUUCCAAUGAAAGCCGAAUUUGUCUACAGUGCCGGCAUUCCCAACCAUUUGUGCCCCCUCAAGGAUGACCCGUUCCGUCCAGUUCAUCUACCUCACGAUUUCGAUUGCUCCAAGUUCCAGAAGUGCUUCGAUGGUCGGGCUUACGUCAUCAGCUGUCCACCUGGUCAGCAGUACGGACCCAGGAUCAACCGCUGUGAUUAUCCCCAAUUUGCCCAGUGUUCUCUGCCCAAGAAGAAGCACCUGCCAAAAAGCCUCAGCAAGGCUCGCUCUAAGGUUCCGGAUGAUUACUACUACGACGAUUACAACUACGAUUCCGACGGUGACUUCCCCCUGGACUCAACCGAGUGGACCGAAGAUCAACGGGAAAUGAUUCUCGGAAUCAGCGACAUUCGGUGCCCCAAGGAGGACGACGAGGACAGCCCGGUGCAUCUGGUCCAUCCGAAGGACUGCGGAAAGUUCUACAAGUGUUACAACGGUCGCGCUUAUCUUAUCAUGUGUCCUCCGGGCCAACACUGGAGCGUUCGAUUCGAUCGUUGCGAAUAUCCUAAGGUGGCGAAAUGCACCAUUCUACCCCGAGCAAUGGGCAACCUCCGGAUAGUCGCAGCGGUUGCUCUGGGCGUUAAAAUCCAACCCACGAGGGCAGUCCAUUUCGAAGGCUCGACCACCGUAGCACUUCAGGAACUUUUGGCAGUUUCCGCGGACGGGGAAGUGCAUCGGAUUUUUCGGGUCAUCGUUCCGGGGACACCUGACAUCGACUACGCCUGGGACUACCACGUACGUCUCCUCUCCGGCGUACUGAUGAUAUUGGGGCUGUUGAUACUGUUGCUGGGGUUGUUGGUAGGGUUGUGGUUGCUGGUAAGCUGGUCGCUCUACUUGCUGGAACUGGGGACCGCUUGGAAGCUCAACUGGCCAGCUGGGCUGAGGAAGUGGCUGGGUCUGAGGACGUUGGGGAACGUUCUGAAUUGGAGCAGCGUUGUACAUGGGUGGUUGCUGCGGCAUCUGAGAAGGCACAGUUUGCUGCUCGGCAUUGUUUCCGGGCUGCUGAUAAGCGUUCUGCUGCCACGCUUGAUAGCUCAGUUGUGGUUCCGGCUGGGACCAUUUGAAGCUGCAACGGGCCAGCUCUGGGUAGUCGCACCGGUUAACCUGGAUUCCGAACUCCAGUCCGGCGGGGCAUUCAUGCUCGUAGGCACGGCCUCCGUAGCACUUCAUGAACUUGCGGCAAUCGCCGUUGACGGGCAGAUGGGUUGGGUUGAUCGGGUCAUCCAUACGCGGGCAACGGGUAUCGACGACUCCUGGCACAAUCCUGUAACCGUCCGGGCUCAUCUGCUGCUGCUGCUGGGGCCACUGCAUCUGCUGUUGCCACUGUUGCUGCUCCCACUGCUGUUGUUGCCACUGGGGCUGGUAGUAUUGCGGGACGGCGGCAACGCCAGCCGCAGCAAUUACGAAACACAGAGCGACGACUGCCCAAUGUACGCUUCCGCUUUCGUCCUGUACUGGAGCACCUCCAGCUCCCGCCACCACCACUACCACAACGCCAGCUCCAAUUGUGCCAACAACUACUACAACAACUCCAGCACCAGUAACGACAACAACUCCGGUGCCAACGACAACAACUCCUGUGCCAACCACAACGACUCCGGUUAUACCGGAAGCACCCACUCCAGCCCCGACCGCAGCACCCACAACAACGACUCCAGCGCCCACUCCCGCUCCCACCCCAGCACCGACGACAACAACUCAGGCGCCCACAACCUUGGCUCCGACGACGACUCCCAUCAUUCCGGAAGCCCCCACCCCUACUCCGGUGAUUCCGGAAGCUCCAACUCCGGGAACCACCACGGUAGCCUCGACCACCACCGUAGCAGGCCCUGUUACCACACCGGAUGCCGCGGUUCCAACGGUGGAAACCGUCCCGCCACCAACGGUCGAAACCGUCGCAUACUAGACUCGACCCUUCCAAAUCCAUCAACUCCGCAAACAACUAAAUUGACGAUAUUUCUGGCCGCUUGCGUGAUUCUUGUGCUUGGUCGUUCCUCAACACGCGCCAAAAGUGAUGACAACCCUGCGCUGGGAGGCGCUCCUCAGCUGGAGUUUUUGUUCAAUUUGAUGAUGCGACUACGCUGUCCAGAUGACCAAAAAUGGAACAACGUGCUAAAACUGUGCAUCGUCGUACCAACGGCACCGACGCAGGGCACCACCUGGACGGCUCCAACCGCCCCCACGGAGUCAAACACAGUGCAUAGAAUUCGUCGCGUAGUGAAGUUCAUUACACGGGAGUUCACAGUGGAAGCAGUUAUGGUCAUCAAGUGGGUGUUGGGCGUGUUCGCCUUCACAGUCGGUUUGCAGAACGUGGCCGAGUCGGCGGGAAUUUGUGGAACGGCUGCUAUUCGACGGCACUGGUCCGAUUGUCGAAAGUUUGUCGAGUGUGGCGAGGAUGCCACCGUGGUGUUCCAGUGUCCGGAGCGGAGCUUCUUCAACCCUGUUACGUUGGUGUGUGAUUUCGCCAUGUACCAUGAGUGCGUGGUAGAAGAUAAUGCAGACAUCGGAUUCUUGACAACGCGUAAUCUAUUAGAAGCCAAGCCUGGUCAACUGGUUAUGGACGGUAGAUGUAACGAGCUACGGUUGGGUGCCAAGUUUGUGAAUCCUGAAGAUUGCAGUCAGUUUUAUCACUGUUCGCCAUCUGGACCAAUGCUUUUCGAUUGCCCUGCCAAUUUGUUGUUCAAUUCAAGAUUAAAUGUCUGCGAUUGGCCACAGAAUGUAGAGGAUUGCAGUGGACCAGGACCAGGACCAGGGCCGGGUCCUGGACCCGGUCCGGAUCCAGAAGAAUGCAAGGACCUCUGUAUCCCUGAUACGCGCUGUUCAAAGGACUGUCACCUAAACAUCAUCUUCCUGCCUCAUCCCGGUUCAUGUAGUUCUUAUUUGGCAUGUACAAAUAACGGAUUUGCGUGUCAUAGAGAUUGCCCAACUGGAUUAUACUGGAGCAACUGGCUUCAGCGUUGUGUACCGCGUUAUGAGUCCGAAUGCGAAGACCCGUUACCACUGCCGUGCCCUGACUGUGAAUGGGAUUAUCGCUGCCCGCCAGACGACGACCCAGACUAUCCCAUCCUACUGCCACAUCCUGAUCGAUGCGACGCCUUCUUGAAGUGUCACAUAGGUAAAGCUUGCGUGAUCGAUUGUCCAUACGACACGAAUUUCAACCAAAUUACGGGACAGUGCGAACCUGGCGAAUGUGUAACGACUCCACCACCAGUAGCAACUACGCCAGAAGAACCAACAACAGAAACAACACCAACAACAACACCAACAACAACACCAACGACAACUCCAACAACAACUCCGACAACCACACCAACAACAACACCGACAACAACCCCAACAACCACACCGACUACAACUCCGACAACCACACCAACAACCACACCGACUACAACUCCGACAACCACACCAACAACAACUCCAACAACAACCCCAACAACCACACCAACAACAACUCCAACAACUACUCCAACAACCACACCAACAACUACUCCGACAACCACACCAACAACUACUCCGACAACCACGCCAACAACAACUCCGACAACCACACCAACAACUACUCCGACAACCACGCCAACAACAACUCCGACAACCACACCAACAACAACUCCAACAACAACCCCAACAACCACACCAACAACAACUCCAACAACCACACCAACAACAACACCAACAACGCCAGGACCAGAUUGUCCUGUCUGUCCACCCAGAGUUUGCAAGCCCGACAAGAGGUGCCCAACAGAUCCAUGCCUUCAAUGUGACCCGGUUCUGUUGCCACACCCUGACUAUUGUGAAAUGUUCCUCAAGUGUACCCACGGAUUUGCCUGUGAAAUGAAGUGCCCUGCUGGACUUCACUGGAGCACCGCUGCAAAUCGCUGCGAUUGGCCAUUCCUGGGUGACUGUGCCACUGGCGACGUUCCCACGAUUCCACCACCAGCCGACUGCCCGCUCGAUUACCGGUGUCCUGCGUUCGAUAACCCCUGGGAUCCGACCAUGUUGCCACAUCCGGAUGACUGUACCAAGUUUAUCAAGUGUGACAAUAAGCGAGGAUGCGUGAGGAGCUGUCCCGAGGGUCUUCACUGGAGUGUUGCCCACAAUCGUUGUGAGUGGCCGAACGUUGCUGGAUGUGAUCCGGACAUUCCCAUCCCAGAUCCCGAGUGUCCGAUUUGUCCCUGCACGCCCUGUCGGAUGAGAAGAGAUCAACAUCCCUGUGUCGAUAAUAGUGUCUGCAAGCGAAGCGUUUUCACCAGUCUAAGUCUUCCGUACGAGCAGGACUUCACCCGGUUUUACGAAUGUCUGAACGGUAAGGCAUGUCUACUGGACUGCCCUCAAGGAUCACGGUUCAACCGGAUGCGACAACGUUGUGAAGAUGUUUCGAAAGCAGCGGCGAAGAAGCUGCGUACAGUUCGUCGCGUAGUGUUUGUGAUAAAGCAUAGGAUUAAACGUACAGUGAAGGCAGUGAUGGUCAUUAAGUGGGUGUUGGGCGUGCUCGCCUUCACCGUUGGUUUGCAGCAUGGGGUCGAGUCAGCGGGAAUCUGUGGAACGGCCGCUAUCCGACCACACUGGUCCGACUGCCGGAAGUUCAUCGAGUGUGGCGAGGAGACCACCGUGGUAUUCCAAUGUCCGGAGCGGAGCUUCUUCAAUCCCGUGACGUUGGUGUGCGAUUAUGCGAUGUACCACGAGUGCCACGAAGAGGACAGUGCCGACAUCGGAUUCUACGCAACGCGUAAUUUCAUGGAAGCCAUGCCAGGCCUGCUAAUUUCGGACGAUACCUGCAAUCAACUUCCGUUGGGGGCCAAGUUUGUGAACCCGGAAGACUGCAGUCAGUUCUAUCACUGUUCGCCGUCUGGACCCGUGCUGUUCCAGUGUCCUGGAAAUUUGCUGUUCGAUUCGCGAACAAAUGUCUGCAAUUGGCCGCAGAAAGUGGAAGAUUGCAGUGGUAUUACUCCGGGACCAACUCCAAAUCCAACUCCAGGUGAAGGAAUAGGUGAAUGUGCGCCCAACUGUAUUCCUGAUGGUCGUUGUCCGAAUGGCUGCCUCCUUGACUUUAUAUUCCUGCCUUAUCCUGGUUCAUGCAGCUUAUAUCUUGCUUGUGAAGAUGGAUGUGCAUGCAUUAGACAGUGUGAAAAUGGCUUGUACUGGAGUGACCGGCUACAACGAUGCGUACCUCGUUAUGAGUCCGAGUGCGAAGACCCAAUUCCCCUGCCAUGUCCCGAAUGUGAAGAAAAUCCUGCAUGCCCGGAUGUAGACGACCCAGACCUCCCAACCAUUCUACCGCUUCCUGAUCGGUGUGAUGGCUACCUGAAGUGUCGCGAAGGUUAUGCUUGUUUGGUAGAAUGCCCAUAUGGCUUGAAUUUCAACCAGGAAACUGGACAGUGUGAAGAUGGCCCAUGUGUAACAACGCCGCCGAUUAUUACUACUCCGUCAGAACCAACACCAGAUCCAACAACUACAACACCAGAGUUAACAACAACAACACCAGAGUUAACAACAACAACUCCAGAUCCAACAACAACAACACCAGAGUUAAUAACAACAACACCAGAUGCAACAACAACAACACCAGAUCCAACAACAACAACACCAGAUCCAACAACAACAACACCAGAUCCAACAACAACAACACAAGAGUUAACAACAACAACUCCAGAUCCAACAACAACAACACCAGAGUUAAUAACAACAACACCAGAUCCAACAACAACAACACCAGAUCCAACAACAACCGCCCCAGAUCCAACAACAACACCAUAUCCAACUACAACAACACCAGAUCCAACAACAACAACAAUAACCCCACCAACACCAACAACAAUAACAACACCACCACCACCCACGGAUUGUCCCGUCUGUCCACCUGGAGUUUGCAAGCCCGACGACAGGUGUCCAAUGGAUCCAUGCCUUCAAUGCGACCCGGUUCUGUUGCCACACCCUGAUUACUGCGAAAUGUUCCUUAAGUGUACCCACGGCUAUGCCUGUGAAAUGAAGUGCCCUGCUGGACUUCACUGGAGCACCGCUGCAAAUCGCUGCGAUUGGCCAUUCCUGGGUGACUGUGCCACUGGCGACGUUCCCACGAUUCCACCACCAGCCGACUGCCCGCUCGAUUACCGGUGUCCUGCGUUCGAUAACCCCUGGGAUCCGACCAUGUUGCCACAUCCGGAUGACUGUACCAAGUUUAUCAAGUGUGACAAUAAGCGAGGAUGCGUGAGGAGCUGUCCCGAGGGUCUUCACUGGAGUGUUGCCCACAAUCGUUGUGAGUGGCCGAACGUUGCUGGAUGUGAUCCGGACAUUCCCAUCCCAGAUCCCGAGUGUCCGAUUUGUCCCUGCACGCCUUGUCGGAUGAGAGGAGAUCGACAUCCCUGUGUCGAUAAUAGUGUCUGCAAGCGAAACACGUUGAGCAGUCUCAGUCUUCCGUACGUGCAGGACUACACUCGAUUCUAUGAAUGUCUCGGUGGCAAGGCCUGUCUGCUGGACUGUCCACGAGGAACACGAUUCAACCAAAUGCGACAACGUUGUGAAGAUUUUUAAUACAUGAGUUAUUAAAAACAGUUCUACAACAAGCUUGACUUUUAAUUUUUAUUUUAUAUUAUACAAAAACAUCAAACUAGAUUUGUUGAGAGUUACAGUUACACGUGAAUUAUAUGUUUUUCAUAAUAAAUUUAUUCAAUCAAGUGCAA